GCCCACGUGACCAUGUCCUUAAGCACCACAUCCGCACAUCUUCAAAAUACCCCAAGGGGUGAGGACUCCCCUGGGCAGUUCGCUUCACAAAAGUCUUACUGUAAACACAGAAACGUUGGCAUGAGAGAUGUCAGGACAGCUCUAGUCCAGCACCCCACCCGCAGCACAAACUCAGCCUACGCGAGCCUCGGAAACCUCCAGGGUCGGAGAUCCCGCAGCCCGCCAAGACACCCGCUGCCGGCUGCACGACCCCGGCAGGACGAAUGGCAGCCAGCCCCUCCCUCAGGCCGCGGGCAGCCCGCCCCUCUCCCGGCGGAGGCGGAGAGCCGUGCCGUCAUGGAGGCAUGCCGCUCGGUGGGGCUCCUGUGGAGGCUCUGCAACCUGCUUAUGGCCGCCUUCUUCGGGCUGGCGGCCGCCGUGCAGGUGAACGACCCCGAUGCCGGGCUGUGGGUGGUUGUCUACUUGGUGCCGGCUGCCCUUACACUGCUUGUUGUCCUUAACCCUUUGGUAACAGCACUGCUGCCAAGAAGUUGCAUUCCUGGGAAAGGAAGACCCCGGCUCACUAGCAUACAAUUUCAACAGCACUUUCUAGCAGCUUUCCAUAAUCAUAUAGAUGCUGAAAACUUUUUCUGGAGGAGCCUCUGUGACCUUCAUUCUGCUGGCUGUAUUAUUGGGACCAUUUCCUUGGCUUACUCUUUGUUUGCUUAUACUCAAGGAAACAUUCUGCAUGAAGAGGAGGGCAGAGAGUUGUUUGGUCUGGUGAUUAUUACAACAUGGAUGAGUCUUUGUCGCAGUUCAGCAAAGAAUCCGCUGGGUGGAAUUCAUUUGACUGCUGCAAUCUUGGUCGCCCUCUUCCCCUUUGUUUCGUGGCUGUACAUUUAUAUGAACAAAGAGAUGCGAGAAUCUUGGCCAGAACACUGUAAAACUGUGAUUUGACCUGGUGGAGACAGCACACAAAUAAAUGUUCUGACCUUA